AUGGGUAAGUGUGUUUCAAAAGACAAAAGUGAAAGCAAAGCUAGCUGUUUUGGGAAGAAAAAAAAGAAAAGAGAGGACGAAAUCAUUUUGACGUCAAUUCAGACUGAAGGACCAAGAAACCAAGUUUUUGUGUAUCCCAGAACCACUUUGAUGAGAAAAAACGUUGAAAAUUUAGAAACUCAAGAAGACCAGUCUUCGCUGCAAAAAUCUAUUCUGGACCCUUUGAUUACUCCACAGCUAAGCGAUUCAGAAUCGAAACAACAAGAAAUUAGAGCCAAAAGGCAUCAUCACCAUAGAUCAAUUACAAAAAUUUCUCUAGAUUUCGAUCAAAUUUCCCAAUUGCAAACUGAGCAAAGUAUGCUUCUAAGGAUAAGCAAAAGUCUUCAUGAGCUUGCCAGGGCUUAUCACAGAGAAGAAAACUAUUUUCCAAGCCUAGAACUUCUCCACUUAUCAGGGGAAAUUUAUAUGCAUCUUGGGAUGUAUGAUAAAUAUAACAUAACAGUCUCCGAUCUUAUAUUGGCUACUAUAAUGGAAUUCAGCCCAGCGCUAAAUCAUCAAAUCCCAGUAGUUGUUGACCCAAUGGACGAGAGGACUACUAUUAUAGUAAAUUAUUGGAAUUUUGCAACACAUAAAGAAAUGACUGUUUCACAAGAAAUUUUGAAGAAAUAUUCUAUUGGAAAUAUCGCGAAUUUAUUAGAGGCUGCUAAAAAAUACGAUAAUUCGAGGAUUGAGUAUAAAAACCUGCCUGACUCACUGAUAGAAAUUGCCCAUAUGUUUAGGAUAUGGCUAGGGUCGCCAUGUGACGCUUUAAAUUUCUAUGAAGAAGCUUUAAUUUUAGACCCAGAAAAUUCCAAAAUUCAUCUAUAUUUAGGUUUGACUUAUAAAGCCUUAGGAAAUAUAGAAAAAACUAUCAAUCACUAUAUAAAUGGUAUCAACAUAAACCCAGACUCCAGCGACUGCUAUUUCAACCUAGGGAACAUUUACUGUGAAGAGCUCCACGACUAUGAAGAAGCUGAAAAAUGCUACAUUGAAGCAUUAAAUGCUUUAAAACGCACCAAAGACAGCUUGGUCACCGCUGAUAAAAUUAAUGACAUGCUAAAAAAAAUACAUAUUUUAAUAUAA